AGAAAGUGGUGAAGGAUGACGUGGAGAAGUCUCAUUGGACUAGAGAGGGGGGCACAAGUUCAAAAGAAUAGAGCAAGGAAGAAAGUAGGGUUAGUGAUGAGUGCUGAAACACACAAGAGCCGACUGUUAGUUUUGAGCUCUCAUUUUACUGAUUUGCAUUUGGAAUCUUCCCUCAUGGCUUCGGAGAAAGAAGCUGCCCUCGCAGCUGUUCCCUCCGAUUCUCCUACCAUAUUUGACAAAAUCAUCAACAAGGAAAUCCCAUCUAAGGUGGUAUAUGAAGAUGAUAAGGUCUUAGCUUUUAGGGACAUAUCUCCCCAGGCUCCUACACACAUUUUAAUUAUUCCAAAAUCAAAGGAUGGCCUAACUGGAUUGUCUGAGUAGAAAUGCUCUUCCACAAG